AUGGACGACUCCUCCAUUGCAGCCGCUCCGGGCGAGAACGAGCUUGUCAACGGUUCCACGACAACGAUAGAGCCAGACGAGGAGGUCCCACUGGCAGUGUGUUUUGAUGAGUCGGUGCAAGGCCUCCCAUCUGACAUAGAACCGGACUCACUGGGAGCGGAUCUGAUGGCCACCGUCGUCAGUCUCCUACGACAAGCAGAUAUCCCAUGCUGCUUCGCGCGUGAAGCCGCGCUAAUCUACUAUGGAGCUCUCAGGAACAUGACGGACUGGAUCCUGUGCGUACAAGACGAAAGGCUCGCAGAUGCCACUGAGCUGGUGACUGAGCAACAAGCUACUAUUCAACCUUUCCGGCCAUCCGCCAUGAUCCCCAACGGGACCAUCGACCACCGCUUCCCGCGCUUCAAGUUCCUGGGCUAUCGGUGUUUCUUCCACCUCGUACCUGCAUGGGUUCAUCAUCUAUCGUGCUCGUCGGGCUGCAUUGAGUUGAGCAUGAAAGGUCUGCCUUUUCCCAGACUUGACGUUCUGGCUCAAAGCUUGGUUGAAAUCAUGGAAUACGUGGAUUUGGCCGACCUGGUAGAUGGUAUGAAUCUCACCGAGGAAUGGGGGCUGGACAAUUUAGAUCUGGAAGGCUUGACGGACACCGAAUGGGCGCAGAGGAGAUUUGAUUUCCACGAUCAGAGCGGGGAUUGGCUGCCAGUGUUUCUUCGCAAAGAGGGCAAGCCGAAAAGAGACAUCUGGCACCGAAUUGCCUCCCCAGAAUCGAAAACGAAGAGGCUAGGUCACAAGGCUCUGCCAAAGGACGAAACUCGCUUUCGGUAUAAGGGACAGAAAGAUCCUCGCCAGUUGCAUAUGUUCCACUCUCUGAACCCAAUGCCUCGAGACACGAGAAAGGACGACAGGCGCUACUACCGCAGCGCCGAAUUCAAGCAAGCACUCUUGGAGGAUCGAUUGCAACAAGAGUUUGUGGUUCAUACACCGGUCGAGCCGAGCGGUGGAGUGAGCAAUCGAUUUUCCCGAUACCACGCGAAGAGGAAAAGCAUUGCAAUGUCAUUUCCCUCGUUGUCCAUGCUGGAUGUGACCAAAGGGGUGCCAGAAGAUCGACAAGCAGAGGACAGCGAGGCAGGAGAAGCGCACAAUAGCGAAUCGGAGAUUUCAGCGUCGCCCCAAUCUGCCACUGUACCAGCAGCAGUAGAGCACCACAGUCCUUUGAGCAACGUUUCAGACACGUCUUCUGAAGCCGAUACGCCGUCCAAAUCUCGCGAGCAUCGUCUGCCCAGGAUUCAUCUCCAUGGCACAGGUCCUUUUGCUAGGCUCGCCAGGCAUAGAAAGGGAGGGCAAGAGUCUUAA